AUGCCAGCCACUCGGGGGGCCACCUUGUCGAAGGAUGAUGUGGCGGAGGUGCUGUCCCUUGUGCCUGCCUCCCAGUUCGUAGACGGCAAGUUCGUCUUGUACGACAAGCUCACGUUCGGGCGAAGCCCGAACUGGGCCGCGGCUAAGCCUUUGGCCAAGGCCGUCUCGCGCAUGCUGCAGCGCACAGGCGGCUUGCAGGCACUCCAGGUGCCCUUCACGGCGGGCGUGGAGGCGUACUUCGAGCAGCACGGGAUGCAGGUGAAGAAGAACGAGGCGGAGGCUUGCGCAUCCCGCUUGCGCGCAUUGGUGUCCCAGCUGGCCUCACAGAAGGCUAAGGGGCGCGGGAUCCCAGCCGCGUUCGUGGAGAGCUUCAGCGUCGCCAUGGAUUUGAUCGUGGUCACGCCAACGUCCCCGAGCACCGACGCUGACUUGGUCGCACUUCUCCAACCACAUGUCCAGGUGAACCAUCGGGCCGACGCGGAUGCCGACGCCAAGAAGCUCGACGCGGAGGCCGACACCGACACCAAGGAGCCCGACGCCAAGGACGUCGGCACGCAGGAGGCCGACACCAAAGAGGCCAACACCAAGGAGCUGUUGCCAGCCGCGUCGCCGUUGGCCGACACGGGCGUGAAGCAGCUCUUGGAGAAGUCCCUCACGCCGCCAGGCACUGAGGAUUGGAAGGAGUUGCAGAAGAGAAAGAAGGAGGAGGCGGUUGAGAAGGCGAAGGCGGGUAAGGAGCCGAAGGUUGCUAAGAGGAGGCCAGCUACUGCGAAGAAGCGUCCAUCGGCCGCACCUCCUGAGCAGGGCACCGAGGCCAUCGGCGACGUCGCACCCGUCGACGCAGCAGCCCAGGAGCAGAAGUCCGACGGCGCAGCAGCCCCUGCGACACGGCCUGACCCUGCGAGCAUGUCGGACGAUGAGUGGCGCAAGUUCCUCAACCGCGAGCACAGCAGGGUCCACGGCAAACAGACCACCCAGAUGAAGAAAACAGGCGUGUCGCCGCAGAAGGUCAGGGAGGCAGCGCAGGCGGCAGCGACUGCGUGGACGGACGAGCUCCGUAACAAGUACCAGCGUCAGAAAAAGAAAAUGAGUCGGUGGGGCGACCUCCGCGCAGACAAGGUGGCCAACCAGUGCAAGAACAUGAUGUUUCUCCUCGGGGCCUGGGCGUCGGGUGGCCAGCUGGACACCAAGUAUACAAGGUCCGUGGCUGAGGAAGUGGAUGCGCUGUCGAACGCCAUUACCAUCGCCUACAGCACCUUCGAGUCGGUAUUCCCUGGAGGCCCACCUCCCGAGAGUGCGUUCGACCUCGAUGCGUUCGUCGACAACACGCUGGACCCGUUGGCGGUACGUUUCCUGGAAGUCAAGGAGGUUGUCCAGAACUUGAUGCAGCCUGUCGGGGUCAAGAAGUUGCGCCGCGCUGCGUCUGACCCCGCGGACACCUACGACAGGGCGCUCGAGCAGGUAGAUACCUUGCAAGAGACCUUGCAAGAAGAGAGCCAGGCCGUCGCGGAUCACGAGGUCGUGCAGGUCGAGGACUCGGUCGAGUGA